CGCGGGCGGCCAAGGAAGCUCGAAGGGCGGGCGGCGGCGGCGAAAACUCGGCCCCGGGCUGCGGGAGCCGGAGACCGCGGCGGCUGCUGCAAGAGGAGCCCAGGGGACACCGCCUCUGCCCGCGCUCUGCCUCAGGCCAUCACUGCUCCCCCGGGGCCUGUGCGGACUCGCCUCCGUGAAGUGUCACGAUGUCUGACCGGAAAGCAGUGAUCAAGAACGCAGACAUGUCUGAGGACAUGCAACAGGAUGCCGUUGACUGUGCCACGCAGGCCAUGGAGAAGUACAACAUAGAGAAGGACAUUGCUGCCUAUAUCAAGAAGGAAUUCGACAAGAAAUAUAACCCUACCUGGCAUUGUAUCGUGGGCCGAAAUUUUGGCAGCUACGUCACACACGAGACAAAGCAUUUCAUCUAUUUUUACUUGGGUCAAGUUGCAAUCCUCCUCUUCAAGUCUGGCUAGGUGGCUCUGGUGAAGGUGUCAGUGGCGGCGGCAGCGAUGGCAAGCAGGCGGCGUUGCUGGGACUGUUUAGCACUGGGGCCAGCAUCAGGAUGUCCUCUCCAAUGGCUGUGCUACUGCAUGGACUGUAUACUCGAUUUCAUGUGUAUGUCGCAGUAAACAAAACCAAACUUCUUUCUGUUUAGUUGCCUGGGGAAGAAGGCUGCUUUAUGUUUAUUUUUCAAGACUUUAAAAUAUUUUUUUGGUUGUAUUGCACUAGGAAAUCUCUCCCACCCCCUCCCUUUUCUCUUUCUCUCCCUAUACAAAAUAAAAAGCCCUCAACAAAGCCCAAAAGACUAGGAGGGCUGAGGAGAAGAAAUAGGUCUCUGGAGGUAGAACUAAAACUGCAGCUGCCUCUUCCUGGUGGUGAACGCUGCUUUGGCAGGGCCAGGGAGGCUGCAAGGGGACAGUGUUAGGAUUGACAAGGAGAGAGAGAUAGGAAGGAGGGUUGGUGGGAUUGAUCUAGUACCAGGGAGAAUAUUCCAUUGAACUGUGAUUCUAUAGCUUGGGGCAGAGGGUGGGGUGGUGGGUGAUUUCUUUAAGGGGCCCUGAGAUGUGUUUGUGGCGUGUGGGAGUGGGGAGCAGAUUUGUCUUGCUGUCUUUGUCUGAAUUUCCAAGUAAGGGCCGUGUUUUUGUGGAUUACCUUCUUGUAUUCUUUCUGCCAGAGAUCAUGCUAGGAGAAUGUUGGGGGUAGGAUUAGCCUGAUUUUUUUUUUCUUUACAUUCUUCUUUCUUUCUGUCUGCUCCCUGCUUAGCCCUCAGUUCUUAUUCCUUUGGAGUUCUCUUAGAGCAGCCCCUGUUAGUCGGCUGGCAAGAGAAUUUCUGGUGACUGUAGUUCCUUAGGUCGUAGCAACCAAACCAAAUCAAUAUGUCCCUUGAUUCUCUGCUGUGUGUGUGUGUGCGCGUGUGUAUGUAUGUUUAGGGUAGAGGGGAGGGAGGAAGCAGGACAGUAUGGAAUCUCUAGGGUAUAUGGUUAAGUAGGGGGCACAGUUCUAAUGGGCCUUUAUGUUAACCUCUGGGGGUGUCUGCUUUGGGGGUAAAGACAGGUGUCACCCUCCCCCCCUUAGUGAUUUAGCCCAGACACUCUGCUUGCCCUAUGGCUGUCUGCUCCCUGGGAAGGCUUUAGGAGGACCACCCAGGACAAGACGGUCAUGCUGCCAUCUGCCCUGGAGCUGGAUCUCAGUAGAGAGGGAAGUGACUUUGUAGAUGGUUGCAGCCUCUGGUGGGAGGAGGGGAUGGAAGUGAUAAGGGCUAAGAGGGACUUCAGGAGAACUUUGGAGAAGGUCAGUCUUAUGGUGAUGAAGCCAGAAAACAGGAGAAGGAGCAGGGCCAUGGGUGGGAGGAGAUUCCAGGGAGGAUGCAGGGGAAAUCUUGUCUGUUGAUGAAAUAAGAAUGGGGUGGGGGUUAGAGUGGCGUGGUCAUUGCUGACUGAGCUGCUGAUUCUCAUGAGUCUCACUUAAAACUCUCAUGUGUAGGGUUGACACGGGUGGGGGGUGGGGGACCCAGCUCAUUCUUUUAUUUUCAAGUCCAUUCUUGUGGCUGGUGGGGAAGGCAGGAGAAUGCCCCCUCCCCAAGCCCGUAGUGUGUGCCGAGCUUUCUUUUUGAUGCUGGCAGGGGAGGGUGAGAACUGGGGCGGUGACUGAGUACCUUAUAUCAAACCCUUUGGUGGGCACAAGAUUGAGUGCUUGAUUUUAGGGUUUUUUUUUUUUUAUGAAUGUCCAAAUGUUUCUCCCUGCCCUCCCAGACUUGUGUGGCCAGUUGGAAGUGUCUGGUUUGUGUUCAUCUCCCUCAUUUCUGGAGCAGGGACUGAGACCCUGCCACAUCUAUGCUCUGCAUCCACGCCUCUCUUGGACAUUAAAGGUUGAUUGAUGCACCUCUGA